CUAAGUUCCUAUUUUUGCAAAAUUUUAUAAAACUUCUCUUCUCGUCAUUGUUAGGAAGAUAAUUUUAUACAAACUACGGGCCAUUUUAGAUAAAGUUAAGAAAAAUUACAAUAAUUAACGAGAAAAACGUAAUUGUUCAUUCAUUAAUUUGCAUUUAAUUUAGCAAAUGUUUAGUUAGUUUUUGCUCUAAAUUGUAUUCUAGACAUAACAUGGAACGAAGUCGAACCAAAAAUGCAUCUGAAGGGAUUGCUCCUAUGGGCAUCACAGCACUCACCGAAACAGUGCUCAGCAACCAGCCCGAGUCCCGGUAUGAGUGCCCGGUGUGCCUGAACUGGCUCCGAGAUCCUGUGAUCACCACUUGUGGCCACAAGUUUUGUAAAAGCUGCAUCACUUCUUGGCUACAAAACAGUGGACACUGCCCCAUAGACAAUAUAAACCUCAGUAUGAAGGUAGACAUCUUCCCAGACAACUACACCAAGCGUGAAAUACAGGAGCAGAGAAUGUCCUGUCCAUUUGCUGAUAAAGGCUGCAAGCUGAAGGUAACGCCUCUAGACCUGGACAGUCACAUUGCGUCUUGCGAGUUCAAUCAGCCAGAGACAUCUACGCAGAAAGAGGCGCGCGUGCCGUGUUCUUUCCAAGCCGUCGGCUGCCGCGAGACGUUCGCCAGCCAGGACGAUAUGAACACGCAUCUACAUGAGGACACACAGACUCAUAUGAGUUACCUAAUGAACGCGUACUCCGAGAUGAAGAUCAGCAAGGACAUCUCAAGCGCGAGCCUGGACGCCAAGGAACAAGAAGCCAUGCUGCUGUGGGACGCGCCCGACAAGGAGAGCAAGGACGGGGAAGGCAACACUGCUCCACCACUCACUAACACUAGCGCUCUUAUUAGAGCCCUCUACGAGAGAGUGGUGGUACUCGAACAGCGCAACCGCGAGCAGGACAUAGUCAUCGCGAACAUGUCAAAACAACUUGGCGCCUUCGCCGUGGCCAAGGUCAAGCAGAGUCACGACAUGUUACUACGCUACUGCAUGGGCCACUUCGUGUGGAGGGUAGACAGCUUCAGGAAUAGGCUGGAUGCCAUGCUGAAGGACCAUUAUAAGAUGCUGUAUAGCCCUGGAUUCUACACUACGCCUAAUGGAUACAGAUUCUGCGUCCGCCUGAACAUAUCGCCACAAAAUCCGCACUGCUUCGCUCUCCACGUGCACCUAAUGAAGACGGAAUACGACGACUGCCUGGAGUGGCCUUUCAACGGCCGAAUCUCCUUCGCGAUGAUCAACCAGCUUGACCCUGACCUCACACAGAGAGACACCAUGAUGUCCAACUCCAGUCUAAUAGCCUUCAGGAAACCCACAGCAGAGAUUUGCGUCAGAGGCUUCGGGUAUACGGAAUACGCGGUGAUAAAUGACGUAGUCAAAAACGGGUUCGUCAAAGACGACACCCUGAUCAUCAGGGUGAAUAUCAAGUGUGUAUGACAUGAGGAGUGAUUUUUUGUUUGUUUUACCGGCCAUCCGUGAACUGUGGUUUUGACAGGCGAUUAUGCGCAUACUGGGCUAGUCGUCAUAAAUGUCGCAACUAUUUGUACCAUGUUGUGAUAUUGUGUGCAAUAAUAAUUGUAAAAGUCCGUCCAAUUAUAUUUAUCACUAUGAUACCUGUAUUUCCUGUCGACUUUAGUACAUACAUUCAUGGAUGGCCCAUAUACAACCCGAUUGAGCUAACUACGCAUCUCGCUGGAAUGCGACACUAUCGCACGCCGCCCCGUCCGUACCAGAGCGUCGAUGUGACGUCACAGCUGCCAGGUGCGCAGUUAACUCGACGUUGUAGUUGCUACAAAGGUGACACUGUUAGAUGCUUGCAUGGCACCUUUGUGGACAACGCUUUAGUUUACCAAGUCAUGUUCGUAACUGUAACCGUCCACUUUAAAUGUUCAAAUCGAUUUAAGUAGGUAAUUAAGAGUAGAAUAAUAGAAUUCAUAGUUAUUGAGUUUUAGAACAAAUAGAAUUUAUUAUAUUGAUAGUUGAAUGUAAGCGAAAGAUUAUUAAUCGAUUGAAUUACCACCGAAUUUUAAGUGGUUUUGAUAUUGUGACAUUCCAUUAAAUAUGUAAAAUACAUAAGUAUCAAGAAUUUAUAUUAUUAUUUUAUACUGACAUUCCUUUUAAUGAUGGAUCUUAUGGUGCCUUAAAUUUGUACUUAAUUUAAUUUUAAAUAUGUACUUAGUUGUUUUAAUUGUUCACGCUUAAAGUAUUAUUGAUUAUCUGUUA